UUCAGUUAACUACAUGGACAUUAGCGGCGCAGCGACACAACCACCGAGCCAGAGUGGAUUAAACAGCGUGUGUGCGGAGAGUCACUCGGUAAACGACUGUGUAACCAAUUCAGACAUCUUGUACUGCCAUAGCAAGUCCGUUGCACCGGUUUACAUCUGCGAAACAGCCAGGGAAAGGCUCUUGGUAAACUCAGUAGUGCCGUGCAUUGUGUGGCAGCUCGGCGGGAAUGGCUUCAUCUCCGUGCGGCAACACUAACUUUGAUUCCGGGCUGGAAAUCAAAACUCGCUCGGUGGAGCAGACGCUUAUUCCUUUAGUAUCGCAGAUCACAACUCUGAUCAACCAUAAAGACAAGCCAAAUAAGUCUGAGCGCACCCUAGCAGCCAUACACAGGGUGGGCCAGGCAGUGAGCGUGGCUGUGGGACGUUUUGUCGCCGUUGGAGAGGCCAUCGCCUCAGAGAACCAAGAGCUGAAGGAUGAGAUGGGGCAAGCCUGCUUCGAGGCUCGCAGGGCAGGUGAUGCCAUAGCCCAGCUGACAGACGCGGGAUCACCCUUGCCAUCCCAGUCAGAAGGAUGUGGCACAGUGUUCAAUGAGAGGACCGGGAUGGUGAAGGCUGCACGCUUACUCCUUUCUUCAGUCACUAAAGUCCUGGUCCUGGCUGACCGCAUCGUCAUCAAACAGAUAAUCACAUCACGCAACAAGGUCCUUGUUACCCUCGACCAUCUGGAAAGAGUCAGCACCUUCCAGGAAUUUGUACAGAUUUUCAGCCAGUUUGGCAACGAGAUGGUGGAGUUUGCCCACCUCACUGGAGACAGACAGAACGACUUAAAGGAUGAGAAGAAGAAAGCACGGAUGGCGGCGGCCAGAGCAGUGCUGGAGAAAUGCACCAUGAUGCUCCUCACAGCCUCCAAGACUUGCCUGAGGCACCCAGAUUGCGAGUCGGCGCGGAUCAACAAGGACGCCGUGUUCCAGAGGAUGCGCUGUGCCCUGGAGCAAGUCAUCGAGAUAGUCACAGAGGCUCGGAGCUGCGGGGAGAACAAGAUCCUCCCUGCCAGUAUCUACAACGGCAUCAAGGACUUCAAGUCCAACGUGGAGUGCCUGCGGGAGAACCUGUACACCCUGUCCCCUCAGAGCAUGGGCGGGCAGCUGGAGGCGCUGGUGGAGCGGACAGAGGACUUCACUGACUCGGCCUACACCAGCCACGAGCAGCGGCAGGCCAUCCUGGGUCUGUGCCAGCUGGCCCGGCAGGACACUCAGCAGCUGGUGCACGCCUGGGUGGAGGCGCAGUCUGUCCAUGCCAAAGAAGCCACAGAGGGCAUGGAGGUGGCCAUCCUGAAGACAUGUCAGAGCCUCAAUGACCUCAGACGUGAGCUCCAUAAGGUGGCUGUCUGUCGUACCACUGACUUGCUUAAAGUUCACGGGGAACAUUUGCCUCUGCGGGCUCUUAAAGCAGCAGGAGCCGAGGGAAACCUGGAGGCAGUGGCCGAGUAUUCCCGAACCCUCACAGAGCAGAAGGAGCAGCUGGUGGAGACAUGUCGGCUGCUGUGCCAUGUGUCGGGGACAGAGCCCCUGGAGAUCACCUGUAUACACGCUGAGGAGACCUUCCAUGUCAUUGGCCCACAGAUCAUCUCUGCAGCCCAGACGCUGGCCCUCCACCCGUCCAGUAAGAUCGCUAAGGAGAACCUGGAGGUGUUCUGCGAGGCGUGGGAGUCUCAGCUCUGUGACAUGGCCCUGCUGCUGAGAGAGAUCAACGACGUCUUUGAAGGCAGGCGAGAAAAAAGAUCUUAUUUGUCACUUCCCAGAGCCGGGAAACACACAGCUAACUUGAAGACUGCCAAGGCUGUCAAGUUGGAUGCAGAGGAGCAGAGCAGCAUGGCCAAGCUGGGUCUGGAGCUCCGUCUGCUGUCAUCAGACGUGGACACGGAGGUGGAGAAGUGGGAGGAGCAGGAGCACGACAUCGUCCGACAGAGCCAGAGCUUGGCUAGCAUGGCCUACAACAUGUACUUGUUCACCAGAGGGGAGGGGCUGCUGAAAACAACACUAGAUCUUUUUCAUCAAGCUGAGGUACUCUCAGAAGAGGGACUCCAGCUGUGCUCAUCUUUCCGCACUUUUUCCACUCAGCUGGUUGAUGAGGAAAAGUCUGUGGUGAUGACAGAGAUGGAGAAAGUGGUGGCUUUCUGCCAACAGCUGCAGAUGGGGGGCAAGACUCCCGUACAGGGCAAGACUGCCACCUUCCAGAAGGUGGACUCAUCCAUUCAGGCAACCAGAGGUAUCUUGACCGUGGUGCUUUAUCUCCUCCCAUUCUGCAACAAGCUCAACAAAAAGUACAAGUCAGAGAGGAGUAGCCUGGGUUCCCCGCAGGACUGGAGAGAGAGGCAGGAUGCAUCCACACCUGUCAAAGAGGAGGGGGCUCUCCACAUCAAGAACAGCAAUGGCUUUGGUGUCAAAUGUUUGGAGCAGCACAUUGCCGGUUUAAACAUCCUGGAGAGCAAAUAAUCCUUUAUUCACUAUCCUCCAUUGGAGCAGCACAUAGCGAACAUCACCUUUCUGGAGAACAGGUGAUCCAGAAAAUUACUUCACUCCCCUCAUCUUCAUGCACCCCUAAAGAGUGGGUUAAAGCAGCGUGUGAAGAUGGUAGCCUCGGCUCAGGAGCUUGCAUUUGCUGUCUGGAUGAUGAAGUGGAAGGCAGAUUCAAGCUCAAUGUGCUCAGGGGCUGUUUUAACCAGAAGAUCAGUUCCACAAGAUGGAGACAAUCAGCUAUCACUUUUGGAGCGAGUCUCCUUCAAGAGAGAAUUCUGACACAACCUGAUUUUUGAGUCACUUUUAUCACUUCUCUGAACAUUGAGGUGAUAAACUGAUCAAAAAUCUGAAAAAGAGCUCCUCUUAAUGCUCGGCUCAGCCAUACAUCUGUCUUCACUAUGUGCCUCUGUGUAACAAGCCUAUUUGCUUAGUGGUGUACUGUAAACGUGUUGCACAUGUUAGCCAAAUUGAGGGUAAAAAAACAAAAAAGUGACCAGCUUAAAACCCACCGUGCAUGACGCCAUCGCCACCAAACCCUUGUGUUUGAGUCUCUUAUGGUCUACGUGUUAAAGCUUUUUAAUGUUAACACUUGUUGUGUAGUAUGAAACAGUGAUACAUUUAGUCUUUGAACACUGGCAUUCUAGUCAUCUCACUUGGAUUAAUGCGUAUUUUGAAGUCAACCACACCGUAUGAUUAAAGGUUUAUUUCCAUACAGUUUGCCAUGGAAUGUUAACAAAAUCAGUCUUUAAUGCCAAAUAUGAGUGUCCUCAUAAAGACGCUGUGACCUACAGCUUACUACUAGUGUGAAAUAUAAAGCUCUUACACCUCAGUGUUCAUCACUGGAGAACUAUUUUAUUUGGUCCUGGCUUCUCCAAAUCAGAUGAAGAUAAAGUUCAUCACUAAGAUGCUUUGGGGAUGUAAGGAUCUUACACACUGUCCUUUUAUGAAAUCCUAUCGUUAGUAUAGUCAGACAUUGUUUUUCUCACUAAAGAUUGUUUUUCUCAAAUGGAGCCUUUAAGGCCCAAUCCCAAACCGCACCCUACACACUACCCCUCCGUUUGCGUGUUCGCGCGGAGGGUCCGCCAUAUU